AGUUGCAUUACUGCUGAUGUUUUCAGAAAUGUUAGAUUCUUGGGUACUCAAUUUAGAAGGAGAAUAUUAUUACAACCAACCACUAACUGUCUUGUUCAUUUAGUUAAUUAUUUACAACCACCAACACAUAUCAAUACUAUUCCAAUAUAUCAAUUAAAAGUUGUAAAAGAAUGGCUAGAUUCAAUAAAAAUUGUAUAUUAUGAAAUAACACCAAAUUUGAAUUGGGCACAAAUACUGAGAAGUAUUAAUCAAGAUGUAGAAGGAUUUCAUAAAGAUUGCGGUUGGUCAUUUUUAGAUAUAUAUGAAAAUGAUGAUGAUUCAGAAGCAAAAAUAGAUUCAGAUACAGAUCCAGGAGAAGCAAGUGAUGAAUCUGCAUUAGAUUUGGAUGAACUUGAAGAAGGUGCUCUUAAUGUUCGUUUAUCAGGUAGAAAAAGUAAAGUGACCUUUUGGUUAAUUCUUAUCUUUGGACUAGUAUUGCCUUUUCAACCUCUGAUAACCUUUAUUAGUCUUUUUCUCGGUUGGGGUGAAGAGGAAAAAGAAAAAGAUAAAGAAUUUUGA